GUACAACGUUACGGUUUCCCAAGUGAUCUUCGUUUGUUUUACUAUCGUCAACAGAUCGAGUGGUUUCCGGCAACAUUGAAGCCAGCGAUGUUAACGUUAGCCGCUAGCUAGCUAGUUAGGUACUUUGCUAGGCUUGCAAGGCAAUGAAGGCAAAAAUUGGCGAUUUUAAUUUCCUGCCAAGGAUUAAAAUCGUAUUUGUGAUUGAAACGGAUAUUACAAUUUGUUCUAAAGUCACACGUGGUGACUUUUUGUUGUAUAAUUGAGAUUCUUGAACAGACAGGAGAUUAACAGAUGAAAAGCUUUAGCGUGCCACUCUUUGUUGCUAGGCAACGGAGUUCUCCGCUGGGUGUCCGAUGGUAAAGCCUGUAAUUACAUUAGUGGAGCAAAAACACGCAUCGUCGUGACUUGAUCGUAUGCACCAUGCAACCUAUUUAGCUCAUGCGCUUGAUUUCCCAUAUUACGAACCGAAAAGAAGAUAAAUAAUAAAGUGCCUCUGUCUGUCUCUUCUGGGCUCUUGUCAGGAUAUACAGUAGUUCACCAUGUUGGUCCCGAUAUUCACACUGAAGCUCAACCACAAGAUUAACCCUCGCAUGGUGACUGUUGGGAAGUUUGAUGGAGUCCACCCAUGCCUUACUGCAGCCACACAGGCUGGAAAGGUUUUUAUCCAUAACCCUCAUGCUCGUGGUCAGAGACCUGUGGCCCACCGCCUCAGCCAGAGCGCACAAGACUCUGACAUCUCACUCCUCAACAUCAACCAGGCAGUCACAUGUCUGACGGCAGGAACGCUGGGACCAAACACCACGGGGGACACGCUGUUGGUGGGAUCACAGACCAACCUGCUGGCCUAUGAUGUCCAUGACAAUGCUGAUAUUUUCUACAGAGAGGUGACGGAUGGGGCCAACGCUAUUGUGUUGGGGCACCUCGGGGACAAACCGAGUCCUCUGGCCAUCAUUGGAGGGAACUGCGCUUUACAAGGCUUUGACCAUGCUGGCAAUGACCACUUUUGGACGGUGACUGGUGAUAAUGUCAGAUCUCUGGUACUAUGUGACUUUACUGGCGAUGGAAAAAAUGAGCUUCUGGUCGGCUCAGAGGACUUUGACAUCAGAGUAUUCAAAGAGGACGAGCUUGUGUCUGAGAUGAGUGAGAACGAGACAGUAACGUCACUGUGCCAUAUGCAUGACAGCAGGUUUGGCUAUGCCCUGGCCAAUGGCACUGUGGGAGUUUAUGACCGCAGCGCCCGCUACUGGAGGAUUAAGUCCAAGAAUCACGCAAUGAGCAUCCAUGCCUUUGACCUGAAUGCUGACGGGGUGGUGGAGCUUAUCACUGGCUGGUCCAAUGGAAAGAUUGAUGCUCGUAGUGACCGCACAGGCGAGGUCAUUUUUAAAGACAACUUUUCCUCUUCUGUGGCCGGAGUGGUGGAGGGAGAUUACAGGUUGGAUGGACAGAUGCAACUUAUCUGCGCCUCCACAGAGGGAGAAGUCCGUGGUUAUCUGCCAGCCAGUAAAGACCUUAAAGGAAAUCUCAUGGACUCCAGUGCUGAACAAGACCUCAUUAGAGACCUCAGCCAACGCAGACAGAAUCUGCUGCUGGAGCUACGCAACUAUGAAGAGAAUGCCAAGGGUGUGUCAGAGACAAACAGUGGAGUGGGUGUCAUACCAGCCAACACUCAGCUCCAGACAGCGCUGUCAGUGAGGCCUGCUACAGAGGCUCAGAAAGCUCAUGUAGAGCUCAGCAUUUCAACACCAAAUGAAACCAUCAUUCGUGCAGUGCUAAUCUUCGCAGAGGGGAUAUUUGAGGGGGAGAGUCACGUUGUGCACCCCAGCGCUCAGAACCUCUCAGGCUGUGUCCGCGUGCCCAUUGUCCCCCCAAAGGAUAUACCAGUAGAUCUGCACAUCAAAGCCUUUGUUGGAGGGAAAACUAGCACCCAAUUCCAUGUGUUUGAAAUCACUCGUCAGCUGCCUCGUUUCUCCAUGUAUGACAUCACAGUUGACUCCUCAGCUGCUCCGCCCACUGGAAGGGUCACCUUCAGCAUCAACGACCGACCACAGAGGGUGGUGAUGUGGCUGAAUCAGAACUUCUUGCUUCCAGAAGGAGUAGACAGCCCCGACAUCACAUUUAAUUCUCUAAGAGGAGGGGGACUGUUGUCCAUCAGUAUGGCCACCAAUGGACAGAUCACUCUGAGAACCGAUGACAUUGACCUGGCAGGAGAUCUGAUCCAAUCACUUGCCUCCUUCCUGGCAAUAGAGGAAUUGUCAGCAGAAGCAGACUUCCCCGGAUACUUUGAGGAGCUACACACCACACUCACUGAGGUGGAUGAGUUCCACUCCGUCCAUCAGAAGUUAACUGCAGCCAUGGCCGACCACUCCAACUACAUCAGGAACAUGCUGGUGCAAGCAGAGGAUGCUCGCCUUAUGGGUGAAAUGACAACUAUGAAGAAGCGUUACAGAGAGCUGUACGAUCUAAACAGGGAUCUGGUCAACGAGUAUAAAAUCCGCUCUAACAACCACAAUGCAUUACUUGCCUGCCUCAAGUCUGUCAACCAGGCCAUACAGCGGGCUGGUAGACUCCGAGUCGGUAAACCCAAGAACCAAGUGAUCUCUGCCUGCCGAGACGCCAUCAAGAGCAAUAACAUCAACGCACUCUUCAGGAUCAUGAAAGCUGGCACUGCAUCCUCCUGAGGGUGGAAGGGGUGGUGGUUUAGGAAUGGACAAAUAGAUUGAAAGUGCAAGCACACCGCAGAACUACUCGGCAAUGUAAUGUUGAGCUUGACCUAUUUCAAGCAUGGCACCAGCAAGGAUUUCCCCCCAGAAUGAUGAGACGAGGACACGAGAAGGGACGCAGUUUGUAGCCUUAAUCUAUCUUUUUGCCUGGCAGCAACAUUUGGUACGAGCUCCAUAAUACCUUUUUACUGUCUGUGAAGACUUGAAAUUCUCCUAGCUCACAGAGAUAAAAUGCUGACUACAGGCUUAGUGCGCUUGAAGGAGCUUGAUUUAGUGCAGUUAAAGCUUAGCUAGAUAGUUUGGAGAGUUCAGCUGGAGCAAAAGAGGUAGUGGAGUGCUUCCCUCGGACUGUUUCUCAGAAGCAAUGGAAGAAAGAUAUUCAAUGAUGCUUCAGAGAAAUUAGUUUUAAUGCAUUAAUCUGACUGCUGUCUGAAACUCAUGCAAAACAAAAGUCUUUUCUUCAGUUCUACUCUCGCAUACACUGUCUGACAGCAUCAGUAGAGUUAAGUGUAAUGCCCUUUGAAUGUGGACGUUUUCCAGGUAGCGUUGCGCAUUUCUCAUGAAAACGUUUAAACUUCAGGAAAGAAUGCAUUUCCACUAAAACACGAGGGUUUGUAGGAAAAUGAGUAUCUGCUGGAUCGGCAGCCUGAAUGUUUGAUUCAGCUGACACAGUGAUGUUUAGAGAGAGCACAGCUGGGGCAAGACGGAGAGCAGCUUCAUUGAAAUCACUGGUGGCCCUUAUGGUUCUGUGUGUUGUGCAAGAAAACUAUUUUAAAUGAACGGAUGUCAGAGGACCAGCGCUGUGUGUUUCACUUGUUUACCUUUUGUAGAUUGUACACAGAGAUUGUAAAUGUAUAAUUGUGUGUGUGGCAGAAACUAUUAUUAAAUAAACUUUUGUUUUAAAAGUAUGUACGUAUUUGCUAUCUUUGGAAACGUUGUGAUCUCUGCUAGAAUUUAAGGUACGGUUCAGCAGGUUUGAACAAAGUUUGGCUGCAGGGCAUGAAAUUUAAAUAAGUGACCCACCAAGUGGUCGUUGCUUGUAUAACAACAGGAAAGAAUUGAGAGGGAAAAUUAUAAUUAAUUGGAAAAAUGGGGCUUCCCAUUUUUUAACAUACAUGUAAACUAUGCUGCAUAUUUCCAGGGGUCUUCCAUUUUAUUUUAACUAUGUAUUCGUCAGUUAAGCUGUA